AUGGAAAUUGAAUUAACCCUCCUUGGUGCUAAGAACAUUGUAGCCAAUAAUUUUGGAGGAACAAGUGAUGGGUAUGUCAAGUUUGAAACUCGUGCUAAUAAACAAUUAAAAACAAAAAUUGCAGCAUCAACAGUUAAUCCAAUUUGGAAUGAAAAAUUUGAUAUUAUUGCUGAACCAAAAGAAGAAAUAAUAUUUCAUAUUUUUGGUCAUGACUUAGUAACAAAGGAUGGUUGUUUAGGAGAUGCUGUUUUAGUAGUACCUGCAAUGGCAAAUGGAGAAUAUUGGCAUGACUGUAUUCCUAUUUCAAAGAAAGGGUUUUUAUAUGUUUCACUUCAUUGUAAAAAAGGAGUAACAUCUUCAUUACAACAUCCAUUUGAUCCAAAUGCUGAUAUGGUUAUAAGGAUAGAUUUUAUUAGAGCAAUUCAUUUAGGAAGGAAUUCAACGACUCCACAAACAGCAAAACUUGUAAUUAAAACACCAAGCCAAAAAGAACAAGUAUCAAAUUUAUUUACAUUUAACCUAACAACAAACAUAGGAGAAACAUUCAUUUUAAAAUGUAAACCUGGAGAAAAAAUGGAUAUUAAAAUUAAACAACCAGGUAUUAUUUCUUCACAUUCAAGUGUAGAUAAAACUUCUUAUAUAAUUCCUGAUAUGAGAGAAGGAGAAAAAUCAGAAGAACACCUUCCAGGGAAAAAAGGAUGUACUUUGGAUUGUACUAUUCAAUGUAUAAGAAGUGUUUAUCAUAAUGUUAUUCCCCGAUAUAUUCCAAAAGAUAAUGAUAUUAAUAAAGAUAAAGAUAUGAAAUUUUAUAUAUAUUUUGUUCGUGCUAAAAAUAUUAUUGCAAAUGAUUUAGGAGGAACAAGUGAUGGUUAUGUUAAAUUUAAAACUACUCAGUCAAAAGAAAAAAAAACAUAUGUGUUCUCUCCUUCAAUUAAUCCUAGUUGGAACCAAUGUUUUAGAAUUACUGAAUCAAUUGGAGAAGAAAUUGUAUUUCAUAUAUUUGACCGUGAUACUUUUACUUCAGAUGAUUCUCUUGGAGAUGCUAAAUGGAAAGUUGAACAAUUAUUAAAUAAUCAAUGGAAAAAAUUAGAACUAGAAAUAAAUAAAAGAGGAAAAUUAUACCUUGAAGUUAAAAGAGUUAGAACUAUUAGUGAGACUUAUAAACGUUAUCUUAGUUCUCAACAACCUUAUUCGCAACAAUCCUCUAUUCAAAUAGAACAUCCUGUACCACAAUACCCUCAAAGAUAUCAACAACUUACAGAAGAUUUUUCAUAA